UAUAAUGACGAGAGCUUAACUAAUUCCUUCGAUCGCAGACUCUGGGUGUGCAUCUCCACUCCUUUCAAUGCCAAAAAGGUCAUGGCAGAUUUGAUAGAACACGCCACGAAAAAGAGACCUGAAGUUGGGGGACUUCCCGAAUUGCAGGAUGCUCUUAAAGAUCUGGUGUCAUCGGGGAAAUUUCUCCUUGUCUUGGAUGACGCAUGGAAUGAUGACAAUCGUUCUGAGUGGGAUAAAUUGUUUGCUCCUUUGAGGAGCGGCCAUAAAGAAAGUAAAAUCUUGUUAACUACUAGAAUUGUGACAGUUGCAAAAAUGGCUGCAUCGGCUUUGGGGGGGUCAAUAAAUGAGCCAAUGAUAUUGAAACCUUUAGAUGAUGACAACUUCCUAUCACUUUUCAACCAAUAUGCAUUUGCUGGUGUAGACUCUUGUGAUUAUAGGAAGUUGGAAUCCAUUGGCCAGAAAAUAGCAAAAAGGCUUGGGGGCUUACCAUUGGCUGCAAAGACGACUGGGGCGUUAUUGAAUUCUAAGUUGGAUGAUAAUCAUUGGACCGGAGUUUUGCAAGCGAACAAUAUAUCCGAUCAAGCACAACAGAGGGAUGGUGUGAUGGCGGUUUUGAUGUUAAGCUAUCACCAUUUACCAAUGCACUUAAGACCCUGUUUUGCUUAUUGCAGCAUCUUUCCUCAAGAUUAUAGGUUUGACAAAGAUGAUCUAGUAUUCAUGUGGAUGGCUCUCGGCUUCGUUCAACAAUCUUCCCAAUAUCCAAACGAGACACUGGAGGACACUGGAAGGGGCUACUUUGACGGUUUAGUGAAACUAUCAUUUCUCGAACUUCAAUACGGAACUAUCUACAACAUGCAUGAUCUUUUGCACGAUCUAGCACGUAAAGUAUCUCAUGAUGAUUGCUUUAGAUUUGUCAGAGGCAUGACUACAAUUGACCAGAUCCCUAAUAUGGUACGUCAUCUGUAUUUUGAAACCGACAAACUUGACCUUCUUAAAGAUGUGGGCAAACGGAAGAAACUCCGCACGCUUGUGUUAGUCUUCAGAGGAUAUGUUAAUGAGCAUGCCAAGGAUUUUGAAGAAGCGUUCAAGUCACUGGAAAGCAUUCGGGUGCUGCGCCUAGAUGUUGACGGCAUGAACGCUUUGCCAGAUGCAAUUGGUAACCUGAGGCAUAUCAGAUAUUUGUCGAUUCGUCAUGUUAUUUCUCGGUUACCAAGUUCAUUCUGUAGGCUCUGCCACCUGCAGGUCCUUUAUUUGAGACACCUAAUACCAUGGGAAUUUUACUAUGAAAAAAUCGAGGGGAUUGGGACAUUAACUUCACUUCAACGUUUGUCGUUCGCUGCUAAUGUUUAUAAAUUGAGCGAAUUGAAGGAGAUGAGAGAUUUGCGAGAGCUGAAGAUCUGUGGCCUUGAGAAUCGCAAACAUCACGAGGAAGUCAGUACGAUCGAGUUGCAUUGUAAAAAAAACCUCCUCAUGUUAGAGCUGGUUUGGUCUGAUGACAGUGAUGUAGCGGAUGAGUAUGAACUGAUGCUUGAUCGCCUGCAGCCACCUGAUAGCCUCAGGGAACUAACAAUAGACGGAUACCAAGGCGCCAGGUCUCCAUGUUGGAUGGAACCAGACCUAUUAAAAAAUCUGGAGCACGUAAGGCUUGAAUAUGGCAUGGCAUGGAAGCACCUUCCUUCUCUCGGGAAGCUCCCAUACCUCAUGCAUUUGAGAUUGUCGGCACUGCCAGCUCUUCGGCAAAUUAACUGUGAAGGUGGCUUUCAACAACUAAAGUACUUAUCUAUUUAUGGUUGUGGGCGAUGGGAGGAGUGGUGUGGAUUAGAAGCAGAGGCGGUACCCUGGUGUCCUCUCCUCAAAGAACUUGUUAUCGAGAAUUGUCGCAAACUGAAGGCGCUGCCCCCUCUGCCCCUCGGUCUCCAAAAAUUGGUGCUGAAAGGCGUGGGAUUGUCUGAUUCCCCGACGUUCUGGGUGGGCAGCAACUGCGGUGGUAGCGGCUGCGGUACUACGUCCUCCCCCUCCCUCUCUAAAUUGAUAAUUGAAAGGUGUGGAGAGCUGACAUCCGUGUCUGGCUUGUUCCGACAUCAUCUCACGUCUCUCACGGGGUUGUGGAUUAGAUUUUGCCCUAAGCUGAGGAUGUCUCCAGACACAGUUACCCCAGUUGAUUGUUUCUCUCUCCCAUCACUCCGGAUACUUUGGCUUGUUGAUUGUGGUGGACCGGACGGUCUCACUCUUACUUCCCUUUCAUUCCUUGGACUAGAAGGAGCUAACCACAUAACCGCCUUUCCCUCCGAAGGGGAGUUUACUUCGCUGAGGGAGUUGGAACUGGCAGGGUGUGGUGAGCUGGCAUCAAUUGAGCGUCUAAAGGCUCUUCCCCACCUUAAAAAGCUAACCAUCAGGGAGUGCCCCAAGCUUGUGCGAGCAGCUGCGGAAACAACUUCAGCAUCAAUCGAGCCGGAAGAGGAGCAGGGGUUCACAUCGACUGUUGAAGAACUUGAAAUCGAUGACCCGUUCCUGCUCCACAUAGAGCCAUUGAGAAAACUCACAUCUGUCGUACGGCUAGCAAUACGAGAUUGUAGUCAUCUGGAGGCUGCUCUCGCAGAGUCAUGGUUGUUGCAGAAUUCAACUUCACUUCAAUAUCUCAAUCUGUGGCGUAAUGUAAAGUGCUUGCCUUCUAGCCUCCAAACUCUCUCUUCCCUCGAGUACUUGACACUUCGUGAAGCUCGUGAGCUCCAAUCGCUGCCACAACUUCCUCUGUCCCUGCGAAGCCUGGAGAUCCAGUCCUGCAACGAGGCGCUGAAGGAGCGAUGCCGGGAGAAUGAAGGUGCUGAUUGGCCCAACAUCCAACACAUCCCUCACAUCAAAACAAUAACAAGACUGAAAAUCAAAGAUAGAAGGAAGGAGCAAAAGCAGAAGGGGGGGAAAAAUCGAGCCGCAAGUUUUGAAGGGAGAACAGCCUGUGGUUUUCGAGAAAAGUAAAGAAGUUAAACAAGGUUGGAGCUUUCUUGAGACACGGAGCAGCUGCAGGGUUGUUGCAGGGUUGUUGCAGGGUCUUGUGCCUCAGUAUAUUAACUCAUCAGUCAGAUUGACGAGCUCAGAGGCAUCACUACACAGUCUGAUUCAAGAGAGGAUAAAGGGUAUGAUGAAUAUAACUCAGUGGAAACAUAUAGAGCAAAUGAUAUACAGAAGGAGUAAUUUGUAUUUUUUUAGUUUCUUGCAGUCUUUAUCUAUGUGUUUCAGCAUAAAAUGUGUAUUAAUAUUUUGUUAUGGAUACAUUGUCUCAGGUUCAAAGGUCAUGAUAUGUUGGCACUAUUUUUUGUUAUGUAUUAAUUUUGCAAAUGUGUGAGGUCUGUACUUUUA